AUGAGAGUUUUAAUACUUCUAUGCUUCUUCGUAUCUGCCUGGUGCAAGGAGCCAGUGUUCGUGGACUAUCAUGAGGAAGUUGGCAUACCUGAAGCCGCGAGGAUCAAGAAGGUGGAAGACGCCAUUGAUUUUGAUGGCCGCAUUAUAGGAGGCAGUGCAUCAUCGUUGGGAGCUCAUCCGUAUAUGGCUGGUCUCGUCAUCCUGUUAACAUCGAACUCAGAGUCAGUGUGCGGAGCCUCUCUCCUCUCAAACACCAAGCUAGUAACAGCUGCACACUGCUGGCGGAGUCGCUUGAAUACUGCCAGACAGUUUACCGUCGUCCUCGCUUCCGUCAGACUAUUCUCUGGUGGUGUGAGGUCUAUAACCAGCAGAGUGGUGAUGCAUCCCCAGUAUAACAUAGAGAAUUUGAGAAACGACGUCGCUGUCAUUACCAUCAAUAGCGUUGCGUUUACGAGUGCAAUCGCACCGAUCACAUUAGCGAGCGGUAGUGCACUGUACACCAACCAAUGGCCCACGGCGAUUGGAUUUGGGCGGACGAGCGACACUGCAGUCAUAUCACAGAAUUCCAUUCUCCGCCAAGUGAACCUUCGCGUAAUAUCCAACGCCGAAUGCAGGGCUACAUAUGGGUGGGCUUACAUCGUGGAUUCCUCCCUUUGUACGGAUGGUGGUAGGGGAACUGGCACCUGUGGGGGGGACUCUGGGGGCCCCUUGGUGGUUGGUAGUGGAACGGCUAGACGUCUGAUUGGUAUCACUUCGUUCGGAUCUUCACGAGGCUGCCAAGUAGGCGCUCCAUCCGUGUUCGCAAGAGUUACUUGGUUCAAUUCCUGGAUUCGUGGACAACUUUAA